AUGAACUCCAUGAAUAACGAUAUCUGCAACAACUCCCAGGUCGAGAUCAACAUGACCAAGCUGCUUGACCAACGCCUCAAACAAAAGGGAUGUGUCUUUCCCAAAGGAACAACGGUCGGAGAAUCCAGCGCCGCCUUGUCACAGCGCCUUGGCAAGCUCUUGGCCCUGGCCGUCCCUACCAACGACGACAGCAACAAUAGUUGCACCGACGAAGAAACCUUCCAAUUGAGGAUGCGGACACUCCAAUCCGCUCUGGAAAAGCGUCGGUCCACCAAAGCAUCUUCCUCUUCCACCAAACCGAACAAGCCCAGUCGAAGAGAGCUCCUGAUCAAGACGGUCGGAGCGCAAAAGGCCCAACAAAUCAUUGCCUUGAUCCGAGAAAUCCGGGUCCUCCGUCUCCGACGUAGGGAUCUUUUGAACAAUAGCAAGGCCCUGGAAAGCCACCAACCCAUGAUGUGCGGCCGAGGGGGGUGCAACGCCAAUGUCUAUACGCUACCCACCGUGGGCAACAAUCGCCUUUCCCGCGAGGUACGAGACCUCUUCUUUAGCACGGUCAUUGUCGAUGCCUUGGAGAAGUCCCCCGUGGCCAAUUUUGAACAGCAACCCUGGGAUCACUUGUACGACCAGGGUGUGAAACAUGUCAAGGCAUACCGUGCCUGGUUGGCAAAGAACAACACCCGCUAA